GACACCGUGUCUCGGCGGCAGCUGACCGGUCAGAACGCAGUCGAGUUCGGGCGCAGCAGAGCAGCGGGUGAGCGAGCAGUAUCGAACCGUGGAUCCAGCGCGGUGGUUCCGGACCUCGGCCCGGACUUAGUUUCUCUACGGCGCUUUUGUUGUUGGUCCAUCUCCUACCGGCUGUUGAGGUGUCGCGUGGAUAACGGAGUUCUGGUGUCGGUUCUGACCGCAGCAUGAAGAAGAACCACACCGGGAAGCGGGGCCCGCUGGAGUCAGUGGCCCCGCACCAGCAGCAUGACAAAGUGGGAUGGAUCCGGAAGUUCUGCGGGAAGGGGAUCUUCAGGGAAAUCUGGAAGAACCGCUUUGUGGUCCUGAGAGGAGAUCAGCUGUUCAUCUGUGAGAAGGAGGUGAAGGAGCUGGGUCGGGCGGACGAGGUUCUGGACCUGUCGGACUACGAGCGCUGUGAAGACAUCCGCAAGAACAAGAGUCGCAGCAAGAAGAACCACAGCAAGUUCCGACUGCAGCGCUGCAGCUCCCCUGGCAACACGGUUCCCAACCUGCUGUUCCUAGCUGUCAGUCCGGAAGAGAAGGAGUCCUGGAUCAACGCCCUCAAUGCUGCCGUCACGCGGGCCAAGAACAGAAUCCUGGACGAGGUGACCGUGGACGAUGCUCACCUGUCCCACCUGACCAGAGACCGAGUUAAGAUUCCUCACAAUCGGCGGCUGCCAACCCGAGGCCACCUGCUGGCCGUGGCGUCCACCUCCUCCUCAGAUGGGAUGCUGACGCUCGACCUGAUCCAGGAGGAGGAUGCUCCACCACCAGGGGGCACCACCUGCAGCUUCAGAUCAGACAAGUCACUGUCACACCUCACACCCGAGUGUGCCAGGUCCAAGACGGACGUAUCUCUCUCUGUGAAAGGCGUCCGUGCCUCGGGAAAGUCCCACUCUCUUCCUCGGGAGGUGGCAGUUGCGUGGGAGCAGACGACGCCACAGCCUGGAAAACGUCUGUCCACGGGAGAGAAGAACCGCUGUGCCUCCAUGGACCAGAUUCUGACCCACUCUGAUGGCAAGGGCACCAAGAAUGGGUUGGUGGUGGUAUCGCGUUCACUGACAUCCUCCCCGGUCGGAGCGUCGGCCCCGGUGGGCCGGCUGCAGGACCUGAUCACGCAGAAGCUACAGAAGACGGAGCAGCUGCUGACUGAGGUCCGGUUGCUGACUGACCAGUAUCCCACUGAAGGACUCCAAACAGAAGCCCAGAGGCUCCUGACGGAGGCAACAGCAACGUGGACUCAGGCCCGGGAAGUUCUGGAGGAGGUGAUGGAGCUCAGAGGACUGUACCAGCAACUGGAGCCACCUCUUCACCAGACUAGCAGCUCCAAGCUAGAACAGAACAGCCUGAAAUGAGCCCAUGGUGGAGCCGGGUUUCCCCCCACCCGGGUCUGGAAUUUCAGUUGCACAAACUUCCAAAACCUGGACAGAGUCACUGAACAUGAAGGUGCCAAGAGGAGUUCCAGUAGAUCCCAGUCCUGGACAGUGACUUUGUCUUUGUCCGAGACUCUGGAGACCACAAUGGUGCAUUCAAGUUCUAGGGGAAAAUACAAUUCUAUUGAGUCAGGAGGACAAAACCACUGUAGUAAUGUGUGAUCGCAGACCACUUUGUGAAUAAGGGGUCUUUCUGAUGCUUCUUGUAAACAACAACCAUGUCGAGUGAUCUUAAAGGAGGGCCCAGUAUUCCCUGAGUACAUAAAGUUGUUUGGAACAGUCUAUUUUUUUAAAGAACAAUUUUGUUACGGUGUCUGGUACUUUGCACUCGGAUGAGACCCGAGGUUCACAUGGUUCUGAGAAAAAAAAUGUGCAAUUUAGUUUUUGAACGAAUGUUUUUGUCUGUAAAUGGAGUAAAGUGAUGGAAA